UAGAAAAGAAAAAACAAAAAGCUAAAAAAUUUUCUUCUGUUUCACAAACUCAGUGCCGAGGCGAGGCUUUGUGAUACUGAGGUGAGAUUCCAAAGUCUUCUGCUUUAGGAUCCCUGUUCAUCAACUCUUACUGAGAUCUUUCCUUUAAUUACAAGAAGAAGUGUUUUUGGUGGAAGGAUCUACUGAAGCUGUUUUUUACAAAUGGGGGAAGAUACAAAGGCAACCGUUGAGCCAACAGCAAACAAGACUUGUUCUCUUGAGAAGCCAACAGAGGCUAUGGCUGGAAAGAAGGAGGUGGAGAAUGCUGGAGGUAAAGAAACACAAGAACUUACGAAAGAUGAGGGGAUGUCUGAACCAAAGAAAAUGGAGAUAGAUGCUGAGAUAAAGAAAGAUGAUGAAAGAGCUGAGACGGAAGAUAAAGAGUCAGAGGUUAAGAGCAAUGGAGACAAUGCUGAGACUGAAAAAGUGGACGAAGAUGCUAAGGUCACAAAAGAUGAGGGACAAGCAGAGGCUACCAACAUGGACGAAGAUGCAGAUGGAAAGAAGGAGCAAACUGAUGAUGGUGUUUCAGUGGAAGAUACUGUAAUGAAGGAUGUGGAAUCCAAAGACGAUGACAAUGCCAAAGAUGAUGAAAAGCAAGACACCAAAGAGACGGGUAGUACUGAAGCAGACCACAAGAAAGCUGGGAAAGAAUCAGAGGAGGACAUAAAACAUGAAGGUGAAAAGUCAAAUGGAACGAAAGAUGGGAAUACAGAAGACAUCAAAGAGGAAGGGAAGCUGGUAGAUGAAGACAAAGCGACAGAAACUGUUGAAAAAGUGGAUAAUGUGGAUGAAAAGAAAGAAGUGGAGAAUGUGAAGGAGCAGAAUGAGGAGGAGUUGGUUGACGAAGGAAAAGAGAAGGAAGAUAAGGAAGAAGAUAAAAAAGAGGAAGUUGAGGCGGCAAAGGCUGAGGUGGAUGAGGCAAAGGUUGAAGAUGAAAAAGAAGGGAGUGAGGAUGAGAACGACAAUGAAAAGGUGGAGAGCAAACAUGCAGAGGAAGAUGAGCAAGGGGAGAGAAUUGACGAUAAGGAAGAUGAAAAAGCAGAGAGUGGUGAUGAUAAAAAAGAAGAGAGCAAGGGUUCUAAAAAGCGGGGGAAAGGAAAGAGUUCUGCUGAAAAGGUUCGAGAGAAGACAAAAAAUGAGGAAGAAAAAAAGGAAGCGGAGCCUAGGACUCCUUUCUCCAAUCGCCCUGUGCGUGAGCGGAAAUCUGUUGAAAGGCUUGUUGCAUUGAUUGAUAGAGACUCUUCGAAAGAAUUCUAUAUUGAAAAGGGCCGAGGUGCAUAUCUCAAAGAUAUUCCCAAUGUUGCUAACAAGGUAGCGAGGAAGAAGGCUGAUGAAAGUUUGAAGCUGCUGCAUGGAAUUCUAUUUGGUGGGAGGAGAGGGAAGGCUGCUCAGAUCAGGACUAACAUAUUGGGGUUCUCUGGUUUCGUUUGGCAUGGAGAUGAGAAGAAGGCAAAAGAGAAAGUAAAAGAAAAGCUUGAAAAAUGCUUCAAAGAAAAACUGUUGGAGCUUUGUGAUGUGUUGGACAUACAUAUUACCAAGACUACAACAAAGAAGGAAGAUAUCAUUACAAAACUGUUUGACUUUUUGGAGAAACCUCAUGCGACAAGCGACAUAUCUGUUUCUGAGAAAGAGAAGUCAAGUAAGGGAGCAAAGCGCAAGAGAACUCCCAAGCAAAGUUCACCUGCAGCUGGGAGUUCAUCCUCCAGACGAUCAGCAAAGAGCCGAAGAAAGUCUGAAGAGGCAACAAAGGGUGACAAAAAGAGUGCAGCUCAUUCUGAUGAGGAAUCUGAAGAGGAGAAAGAGGAAGAAGAAAAACAGGAGAAAGAGGAGAAGGCAGAAGAAGAGAAUAAAGAGGACGAGAAUGAAAAUGGCAUUCCUGAUAGAUCUGAGGAUGAGGCGCCUCAGCCUUCUGAAAGCGAGGAGAAAGAUGAAUCUGAGGAGCAUUCUGAAGAAGAAACUACAAAGAAGAAACGUGGUUCUAGAUUGUCAGCUGGGAAGAAAGAAUCAGCAGGGAGAGCCAGAAACAAGAAAGUGGCAGUCGCGGCAAAAUCCAGCCCACCAGAGAAAGUUACACAGAAGCGAUCAUCAGCAAAACGAAAGAAAACUGAUGAUGACAGUGAUACAAGUGCAAAGCUGUCCUCUAAGAGGAAGAAGUCUGAAAAACUUACCAAGGCCUCCCCGGCUCCUUCAAAGUCUGCAUCAAAAGAGAAGCCAGCAAAAAGAGCUGGAAAAGGGAAAGACAAGCCUUCUGAUAAAGAGCUGAAAAAUGCAAUCGUAGAGAUCUUGAAAAGAGUGGACUUUACUACCGCUACGUUCACGGACAUCCUCAAAGAACUUGCUAAGGAGUUUAAAGAAGAUCUCACCCCAAGAAAGUCAUCUAUAAAGAUGAUUAUCCAAGAGGAGCUCACCAAAUUAGCAGACGAGGCUGAGGAAGAGGAGGAAGAUGAGGAGGAGAAGAAAGAAGAAGAUGCAGAGAAGGAGAAAGCAGGAGGGUCUGGUGGUGGUGAGGAGGUGAAAGCCUAAACUCCUUGCUGAUCACAUCGCACAUAUUGAGUCUCUCUCUAUAUCUCUCUCUUUCUCUCACAGAUACUGUUGCCUAAUGCCUAGUAGUCAUCUGGCAAAUGCGUAAGUUAAAAUAUGUUGAUGUAAUCUUUUGUUGUUGGAGUCUGAAGCUUUACUUUCGGUAGAGACAAGAGGAAGAAGCUGCAUAGCCAAAGGAUAGGUUGCUUGUAUGUCUAUAGCAUUUAACAUAAAAGCCUCCUUGGAUUGUCUUUGAUUUGUGAGGCUCUCUUUUAAAGAUAUUGUUAAAGCUUUCUUUAGUUUAUGUCUUCUGGUUUGAAGGAGGCCAAUGGUAAUAAAUGAAUAAUAUAUUUCUCUU